GAUGCCAAAAAGGAGGAGUUCAGGAAGUACCUCGAGCGGUCCGGCGUGAUCGAUGCGCUGACCAAGGUGCUGGUCGGGCUGUACGAGGAGCCCGAGAAGCCCUCCAACGCGAUCGAGUGCGCCACGGCUUAUUCCACACGAAGAACCUCUACUUGCAGAGCCCCACCCGGUCUUCUGAUAAACGCAGUAUGGAAGAUACAAAGAGACGGAGGAGCAACGAGCGCCCUGGCGUGA